UUUGACUUCAUUCUCAAUGAGCAGUAGUAUUUACUUCAGCGAUAGGACGAAAACUUACGAUAUUCCUAUAUCACAUUUGGACUUUAAGUACCUCGAAUCUUGUAGGAAUUGUGAUGAGUUGGAGAAAAUAUUGAAAACCCUGAGGUACUGACCAAUAUUGUAGGCUUUCUACUCACAGAUCUGGAGAGGUUGGACGUUAUGCUGAGCUUGAAUCGUUUUGCGAAGAAAAAAUUAAUGCGUUAAAUCCAAGAAGUCGUGUUUUACGGAAAGCGGUAGAACCAAUAAAAAUUACACAACUGAAUGAAGAUGAAAGAUGUCGAAUCGAAGAAGAUUUUCAGAGUUGGCUCAAUGAAGUAAAAUCGUUUAAUGACGAGGAAAUUGACAGUGAUCAUUAUUUAUUGACAAAAUCAAAAGAGAAAUUACAAUAUAGAAAGCAAUUAGAAAUAAAUGAUGAAGAAUUAGAAGAGAAAUCUUUGAAAUAUGACAAUGAAAAUUUACCACCAAUUCGACAAAGUAUUAUGUUUGGUAAUAAUGGAAAAUCAGCCACACGAAUGAAUUCAAGAAGUGAUUAUACAUUUGGUAACAGAGUUGUGAAGCCAAGAGAUUAUAGUGAAUGGGACAAAUUAGCAAAGAAAUGGGAUCAAAUAUUGGAUGAAGAUAAUCAAACAACUGAUCAAAUUGAAAAAUGUGAAACAAUGCAUUCAUCGACAAUGAAAACACAUGAAUUAACAAAACUUGAUUAUGAUGAAUUAAAAUUGAGAAUAAUUAAUAUACCAAUCCAUACAAGACAAAAAUUAGCAGAAAGAGAAAAGGAAAAAGGCAAUGAAUCUUUUAAAUCAGGUGACUAUGCUGAUGCAUUGCGCUAUUAUAAACGAAGUCUUAUUAUGCAUAAAACCAAUGCUGUUUAUAAUAAUCGAGCUUUAAUAUAUUUACGACAAAAACAAUGGAAUCAAGCUGUGAAUGAUUGUACAAAAGUUUUAAAAACUGAACCGGAUAAUUUAAAAGCAUUAUUUAGACGUAGUCAAGCAAACUUUGAAUUAGAUAAUUUAGAACAAGCCGAAAAAGAUUUAACUAAACUUACAGAUCAAGAUCCAACAAAUGUUCAAGCUCAAGAGUUACUGCGUAAUGUGAAAGCUGCUAUAUUGAAACGUAAGAAACCACAUUUAGAAAAUUCUAGACGUAUGAUUAUAACUGAUGUCGGUGAUUCCUCGGAUGAUGAUGAUGAUGACGACAGUGAUGACACUGACGAAGAAAAUGUACACCAACAAAAGAUGCGAUCGGAAGAAUCAGAAAUUCACCAAAUAAGUAAUGAUAACAUUGAAUGCCAUGAAAAUAAUACCGAUUCUGAUAAAUUUCAUGUCAACAUCGAUAUUAGCAAAAAUGACAAUGUUCAAUUGAUUGACAAAUCUACUACUUUUGAUAUCAGUAAGCAAGAAAAUGGCGUAAAUAUUCCUGUCAAUAACAAUGAACAGUUUAUUACUACAUGCAGUGAUGAAGAUACAUAUUUUCAAGCUGAAAUCAACGAACCCUUAGAAAAUGCAAAUGUGUCCAAAAGUACACAUUCCAUCACUCAAUAUGACCAAUCAAAACAAAAAGGAGAUGAAUUUUUCACCAAGAGAAUGAACAAUGACAAAUUACCGAAUAAAUCUCAAACAAUAAUAACUACUAGUACAAUCAGUACUACAUCAGAUCUUGAAAUAAUUGAAUUGCCAAAUAUUGACAUUGAAGGAGAAGACAAUAAUAUUCAGGCUGACAAUGUCGAUGAAAUUCUCAUUGAGGAAAAGCAUACUGGAAGUUAUGAUCACCUCACCGCUUCUAUACCAUGUAAUAAUAAUUUGAAUUCAUCAACUCCUAUUACUACUACUACUACUACUACUACUACUACUACUAAUUCAAACAAUUUCUCUCAAUAUCCAUCAAAUAGUGCAAAUAUUAUGUCCAAAUCAAUUGACAAUGAAUGGGAAGAAGUGAAUUUGAUCAAUGCAGAAACUAAAAAACUCACUAACACGACUAGCACAAUUUCUACAAUGGCUAAUAAUUUGAAGCUAAAUAAACCAAUAAGAAAUUCACAUGAAUUUCAAACAUGUUGGAUACAUAUUCAAUAUUUGAAACGGUUAAAUUAUAUGAGUGCCAUCAGUGAAAUUAUAACAUUAUUGAAUAAUAUACAACCAAAACAAUUAUCGAAGCUAAUUGGGAUUCGAAUGGAGGCUGAAAUGUUAGAUGAUUUAUUGAACGCGAUUGAUGUAUCCAUGAAGACUAUGAAUGACAACAGUCUACAGAUUUAUGAUAUUUUAAUUCAACUGAGUAAAACAGAACGAUUUGAUUGUGCUUUGUUCUUGAUCAGUGAUGAUACAAGACAAGCUAUAAAAAGUAUCAUCGAUCAAUUACAUUAUCGUCAUCAUCAUCAUCACAGUGAAUUUACACAAAGUCAAAUUGAACAAAUUCAAUCUAUCUAUUGUCAAUAA